AUGGCGUUGCUGCGCAAGUCCUUUUUUCGGAAGCCGCCCGUUGGGCUUCUUGAAAUCUCUGAGCGAGUCUACGUGGAAGCAUUUGCAAAAGUUAAAGAGUUCUUCAGUUAUGCGGACUGUUUAGAUCCCAAGGCCGAUGCAUCACUAAAUGUGCUCCAACACAUGAGUGCAUCAAAUAUUGUCCACGAACUGUUGGAAAGUGGUUCUCAUGAGAGUGUGGAAACUAGUGGUCUAUUGCAAUGCCAAAAUUGUUUUGGUUUCACCCCUACACCUCCACCUCCACCUCCUCCUCCACCACCACAGCCUUCCUCAACUGAUGUUUCUACGAAACUUUUUCAUUCUCCAACUCCUCCACCACCUCCAACACUGCUGCCUCCUCGAGCACCUCCUUUGAAGGAGAAUCUAGCUGUUAGAGCUAUGCUGCCUCUGCUUCCGCCUCCACCCCCUCAUACCAUGCAAACUGCUGGUCCUACAAUUCCUGCCACUAGUUUAUUACUUAAUCCUCCUUCAGCUCCUGCAGUUACUUCAUCAAUUAGGCUGCCUCCUCCGAAUCCUCCACCACCUCCAAUACCGCCACCUCCUCCAACACCUCUUUUGAAGGAACAUAUCGCUGUUAGAGCAGGACAUCCUCCACCACCACCCCCUCCUCAUUCUCAGCAGGUUGCAGGUCCUAGAGUUCCAUCUUUAGUGCCACCACCACCUCCUGCCCCCAUUUUUUCAUACAAGAACUCACUCCCUGCAUCACAAAAUUCUCCACCUGUCCCAUCCCCGCCCCCUCCACCAGCUCCUUUUCUUAAAGGUACAUCUAGGACUGGUGAUGGUCAUCCAGGAUCCCUUGCUCUAGAUGGCAAUGGAAAUAGUAUCUCUGUAUCUCCAUCUUCUGGAUCACCGUUUAAUUCUCUCAGCAGGGAAAGGGGCAAAUUCUUUCACGUACUAUAA